CAGAAAAGCUUUAAAAUGGACGCUCUUAAUAUGGCCAUUCGCGGUGAGAAACGAGUCAUUUCGAUAAUUUAGCCUGCUUUGGGCUGUUGCCACGUAAAUUAUUUCAUUGGUUAUAAAUAUGUAUUCAAUUAAAGCUCUGCGUUUUAUCAGAAUUGCUCGCAGUUGCUCCGGAUCGGCACACACGGUGACACCGCUUGAGUUACACGCAUCGAGAACGGCCGAGAUAAUCGACGGGAAGACCAUUGCUCGUGAAAUUGAAAGUGAAAUUCGAGUGGCGAUUGAUGAAACUUCUUCUAGAGUUGGUCGGAGGCCUCAUUUGACCGCUGUCUUGGUUGGCGACAACGAAGGAAGUUCAGUCUAUGUGAAGAACAAGAUCCAAGCUGCAAAGAGAACAGGAAUUGGAGCUGAUUGCAUACACCUUCCUUCUUCAACUACACAAGAAGUACUGCUUGAUAUUGUUCAGAGACUGAAUAAUUCUGACACUGUGGACGGCAUUCUUGUCCAACUACCCCUUCCAUCUCACAUCGAAGAAAGUGUUAUAUGUAAUGCAGUACUACCAUCCAAGGAUGUGGAUGGUUUCCAUGCUGUUCAGAUGGGGCGACUGUGCCUAAACAUGGCUUCCCUUGCUCCUUGUACUCCACUGGCUAUAGUUGAGAUACUUCAACGCAUUGGCAUGAGCACUUAUGGGAAGCAUGUUCUAGUUUGUGGGCGUUCAACAAUAGUCGGACUACCGCUUUCCAUCAUGCUUGGCUCAUCAAGGGACUAUGGCAAUGCGACAGUGUCCACCUGCCAUAGCCGCUCCCGUCCAUCUGACCUGAGAGCAUUGGCCCAAACGGCUGACAUUGUGAUCACAGCCACUGGUGUGCCAGGCCUUAUUACUGCUGAUAUGAUCAAGAAUGGAGCCUGCGUGAUUGAUGUUGGCAUUACAAGGGUAUUUGAUGAAGCCUCAGGCAAGACAAGGCUCGUUGGAGAUGUAGACUUUAUUGGUGUGUCAAGGAAAGCAAGCUACAUUACCCCAGUCCCUGGAGGCGUUGGUCCAGUAACUGUUGCGAUGUUGAUGAGGAACACCUUCCUUGCUUACUCUAGAGCAAUAAACUAUCAGUUGACCUAAA